AUGUACUAUGGUGGGUGUCUGUAUGAAAAGCCCUAUCCAGUUUAUCAUGGUGGUGAAUUUAGGAUGUUCGAUAAUGUGGAUCUUGAAACCAUUUCCAUUCUUCAAUUAAAUGAGAUGGCACAAAGGAUUGGGCUUGUCAGAUAUGUUUCAUUCUACUCUAUUAGUGAGAUUAAUGGAGUGGAGAAGAUAGUGGAAGAUCGGGUAUUUUCCCUCAUAAAUGAUCCAUUCACGCAUGGUGACCUUGAUGAUAGUGACGAUGAAGAUGACGUCCAUGGAGUUCUGGAAGAGUGUGAGUGGGAAUCUUCAAAAUCUGAAUGUUAUUGUGAGAUUCCUAACCCACAGCAAUUGAUUAGGGCCUUAGCCUAUGCAUGGGUUUGCAAGGAAGCCAGGGAUUGA